CAGUGUUGGGUGCUCGGUAGGGUUUGUGGGCGCGUCGGCCCGUAGAGACCCCGCCAUCGCCAUGCCCGGGAUUGACAAGCUGCCCAUUGAGGAGACGUUGGAGGACAGUCCUCAGACACGUUCUUUGCUGGGUGUGUUUGAAGAAGAUGCUGCAGCAAUUUCCAGUUACAUCCACCAGUUGUAUCAAGCCAUGCGUCGAAUUUAUGAUGCACAGAAUGAAUUAAGUGCAGCAACUCAUCUAACUUCAAAACUUCUAAAAGAGUAUGAGAAGCAGCGUUUUCCAUUAGGGGGCGAUGAUGAAGUUAUGAGCUCUACCCUACAACAGUUUGCAAAAGUCAUAGAUGAGCUCAGCUCUUGUCAUGCAGUACUUUCAACUCAACUAGCUGAUGCCAUGAUGUUUCCCAUUACUCAAUUUAAAGAAAGGGAUCUAAAAGAGAUACUGACUUUAAAAGAAGUUUUCCAAAUUGCCAGCAAUGAUCAUGAUACUGCCAUUAACAGAUACAGUCGGCUGUCAAAAAGAAGAGAGAAUGAAAAGGUCAAGUAUGAAGUUACAGAAGAUGUGUAUACUUCCAAGAAGAAACAGCAUCAGACCAUGAUGCAUUAUUUCUGUGCAUUAAAUACUCUUCAGUACAAGAAGAAAAUAGCCAUGCUGGAACCCUUGCUAGGAUAUAUGCAAGCUCAGAUAAGUUUCUUUAAAAUGGGUUCAGAAAAUCUUACUGAGCAGCUGGAAGAAUUUUUAACCAAUAUUGGCACAAGUGUACAAAAUGUUCGCCGGGAAAUGGAUUCUGAGGUAGAAACCAUGCAGCAGACCAUAGAGGACUUGGAAGUAGCCAGUGAUCCAUUAUAUUUACCUGAUCCAGACACAACAAAAUUUCCUGUCCAUAGAAAUCUAACACGGAAAGCUGGCUAUCUUAAUGCAAGGAAUAAGACUGGGCUGGUGUCUUCCAGUUGGGACAGACAGUUUUACUUUACUCAGGGUGGAAACCUAAUGAGUCAGGCAAGAGGUGAUGUAGCUGGAGGACUUGUCAUGGACAUAGACAACUGUUCCGUAAUGGCUGUGGACUGUGAGGACAGAAGAUACUGCUUUCAGAUAACAUCUUUUGAUGGCAAAAAAUCUUCAAUCUUACAGGCAGAGAGUAAAAAAGAUUAUGAAGAGUGGAUAUGUACAAUAAACAACAUCUCUAAACAGAUAUACCUCAGUGAAAACCCUGAGGAAAUUGCUGCACGUGUAAAUCAAUCCGCUCUGGAGGCUGUCACCCCCUCUCCUUCCUUCCAACAGAGACAUGAGAGCAUGCGGCCAACAAUACAAUCUCGGCCUCCGACAGCUCGUACAAAUAGCUCUGGGUCUUUGGGAUCUGAAUCAGCAGCUUUAUCAGCACUUUCCUUGGAUUCCCUUGUUGCCCCUGACACACCGAUACAAUUUGACAUAAUUUCUCCAGUUAGUGAAGAUCAGCCUGGUCAGGCAAAAGCCUCAGGGCAAUCGGGCAGACGUACAAACCCAUUUGGUGAAUCUGGAGGCAAAAAAUCUGAAACGGAAGAUUCCAUCCUUCACCAGUUAUUUAUUGUAAGAUUCCUUGGAUCCAUGGAGGUUAAAUCUGAUGAAAGUCCAGAUGUUGUUUAUGAAACAAUGCGCCAAAUACUAGCAGCCCGGGCUAUCCAUAAUAUUUUCAGGAUGACAGAAUCACAUUUAUUAGUCAGUUGUGACUGUUUAAAGUUAAUAGAUCCACAGACGCAAGUUACAAGGCUCAGGUUUCCUUUACCAAGUGUAGUCUUGUAUGCUACACACCAGGAGAAUAAACGCCUUUUUGGAUUUGUGCUUCGGACUUCAGGAGGGAGAGUUGAGAGCCAUACAACAUCUGUCUGUUAUAUAUUUGAAUCAAACAAUGAAGGGGAAAAGAUAUGCGACUCUGUUGGACUGGCAAAACAGAUUGCUUUUCAUGCAGAAUUGGAUCGUAGAGCAUCAGAAAAACAAAAAGAAAUAGACAAAGUAAAAGAGAAACAACAGAAAGAACUCAGUAAACAAAAGCAAAUUGAAAAGGACUUGGAAGAGCAGAGCCGAUUGAUAGCUGCUUCCAGUAGACCCAGUCAGAGCAGUGGAGAGGGACAAUUUGUAGUCCUUAGCAGUAGCCAGUCAGAAGACAGUGAUUUGGGAGAAGAUGGGAAGAAGAAAAGAGAGUCCGAAGCAUGAGGUUACUAAUAUUGUUAAAACUGGAAUCUUUGGACAUAUCUGUGGUGAAAUGGCAAAAAUUACACAAGAAGAAAAAAUAGAGGUGGAGGGUCUGCUUAUUAUAUAGAAGAUUUAACAAUGUGCUGACCAGAUUAUACUUUGUUGUUUUUUUUCUUUUAAACAUUCAUUAACUAACUUUGCCUUUUAAUGUAAAUAUGUACCUUCUUCCAUGUGUCAUAAAGAAGCAUGGUGACAUUGCCAUGUUUGCUACAGAAUUACAUCUUCAAGACUUCUCUUAAUUAUGGAAACUUUUUUCACUUACCUGAUUGUGCAGCUGACUGUUUUAAAGCAAAAAUUAAUCUUCUGAUUGGGCUUCAACAGUACACUGAAAUAUUUUUCUUUAAAUUGCUGUACACAGAACAUUUUGCGAGGAACAAAAGUGGGCUUUGAACUGACACAAUGCUAAGCUGUAUCUAAAUACUGUUGCAGAGAAUUGUUUCUGGUUUGUAAAAAAAAAAAAAAAAAAAAAAAAAAAAAUUCUCAGUAACACCAGAUAAAUGUGCAAUAGUUUUAGGUUGAUGAGCAAGAGAUUUUAAUAUUUGUUUUAUGUUGAAUUGGAUGGUACUGUGUCCAUUUUCUUGUUAAUAUAACUUAGGACACUUUCUUGGAUGAUAAAGAUUUUACUCCAUUUAACAUAGAUAAGAAUUAUAAGGAUGUAUUUGCAUCUUGGUGCAUGGGGAAUUGUGUUAAAUCCUUUUACUUUCAGGGGGUAUACACACUGUAUUCUCAUUUUGAAGCGAAAAUACUACAUUCUCAGUUCUCUGUCAUGGAACUGUAGUUAACUGUCCAGUACUUGGGGUUUACUUUAUAAUAAUAAGUAUGUUAACAUUGUGAAAAUGUUGGAUUAAACCAGCUGUUUGAAGAUCUGCUAAAUACCCACAUACCUGAGAACCAGUUCACUAGAAAGAGUUUGGGGGGGCGGAAGGUGUUUGGGUCAUUGCAUGUAAAUGUAUUUUGCAAAAAAUAUUUAAUAGCAAUAGGGUGCAAGCAUACAAAUCCUACUUUCUACCUAAACUGCGUGAAGACUUUUUCAAAGGUGUCUGCUUACAGCUCUUAACCCUGAUCUCCUUACUAUUGCAUGAUGUACAUAACUUAUUUUGUACUAUAUCAAAAGUGCUUUGACCUUUUCAUCCUGAAUAGGAAACCAGUUAAUGUAAAAGAAUUUAUUUAUUUUUGCACUGAUUACUGUAUAUAGUGAACUCCAAUGAACAGAAGAUGCAUUUAUGUAUCAGUGUCAGGGAAAAUCUAGUGUAGUACAGUAAUGCGAGGCAAUGUACUAAACAUGAAAAUACAGCUGUAUCUCUGGGUCACUUUCAACUUAUGUAUAUUUUCCUGUUUACAUAAGGCUUUCUACAUGUUCUAAAUGUCAUUUCUUAUUCAUUAUACAAUUUACUGUACACAGCCAUUCCCAUGAAUAGCUAUCCUCCAAUCUAGAAGACUGCCCAUUUAUUCUUGACAACUUGAAGAUCCAAAGGCAGCAUAUGCAGAUUUUUCUCACUGUUCCUGAUCUUAGGCUUAUAAAAGGCUGGAUGGCAUCAGGAGUUUUGGACUUUCUAUCUCCGUAAUUUGGCCUGGCUGCUUACAUUUCUGGCUAACUUUGCUCACUUAUAUUUCUUUCACCAGCAUCCCCUUUUUGCAGACGAGGUGACAGCCUACUUCAUGCUUAUUGCAUCUCACAAUAUGCUGCCCCUACCUGCUUAAAAUCCAAGUAAAAAUUUCCAAAAACCCAUGGGAAGAAUAUGAAAUCGUGUCUUUUCAGUUUCUAGUUCAUUAAGUGAUCUAGUUAUCUCUCUGUGCAGGAUUGCUUAGUGAGUUGGCCAAUUAAGUGUAACAGCCACCACACUUCAUGUGGGAGACAGUACCAACUUGAAGUUUUCUUGAUAUUCAAUUUAAAAAUUUCCUUAAAGCUUUAUUGCAUUAUUCUUAUUGAAGGGAUAUUUCAGAGAAUUGGGAUUGUUUGCUCCCAUUGGUAUUGGGACUUUCAUACUAAUCAGUGUGCUUAUCUGAACACUACAUAGAAUUAGUAGUAUAGCUUGUUAGAGGGCUAUUCUGCCAGUAUCCUUUUGCUGGGGUAGUUAAUUUCCACCCUACUGACAUGGUAUUGUAGGGGAGAUGCACAGAUUGUGUUCAGAAUGCUGUGUUCUAACCUAGAUAAAUAUUUUUGAAUUACAGAUUGACCUUCUUUUAGUUUAGAUGUCGACUAAAGCUAGAGACAAAUUAUUUGCCAAAAAGGAACUGUUGUUGGACUCCCAUCUAUUUGAAGAUUUUGUAAUACAGGAUUCCCAUUAAGUGACUGCACUAAUCCUUAAACUUGUCUGCAACCUGGAAAAUGGCCACAACUUACCAGUUUGACCAGAAUAGGGUUACUAUCAGUCUUUAGAUAGCAAACUAGAUGACAAAUAGCAUUGAAUUGGUAUCUCAAGUCUCAAAAUUGUAGCACAAACAUACAGUCACAGCAGGAAACAAAACAAAUAAUACAAAUUUAGAUCCUACAGAAUGACUAUAAUAAAUCUCAGGUACCUUACCUGAUGUAAUUGUCAAUGAAAUGAGAUGGCACCUUGGGCCUAGGAAGAAAUAUACAUCAUAUUCUUUAUAUCCUUUUUUGAAGCCUACAGACAUCAAAUGCAUCCACAUUAGGUCAAGGCAGCAGCAGAACCUGGAAAAUAUGCUGUAUCAGGGAAUGUGGGACCCAGCCUGGAGGAGACUAGGGAGGAGGCCCAUGCCUCCAAACCCUUCUGUCCACUCAUAACCAUGCCGUGUUUACAGGACAGGAGACAGAGCCUGGUGUGAUGCCAGCAAGUAGCAGGCAGAAUAGGGCGGGUCUUGCUCCAUUCAAGGGUUUAGAAUUGUUCCAACUCCCAGCAACUUUAAAUCAUCUAUCCCGCUGACUCAUGAUCUCCCAGUGGGGCCAUUGAAAGCCUUGGAAAUUAGCCAUUUAAUUUUUGAUUAUCAGCACUACCUAAACAGUUUAAUUUAUUCUCAACUUUUCUGUAAAUUAAACAAGUCACUUCAGUCAUGAUAGUCAAUGCCUAAUCUUUUUCUACAUAUUUCACAGAAACCAUUUUAGGGGAAUGUUUUUUAAGAGUUUCUAAAAACAUUUUGGGAUUAUUUUUUCUUAUCCCUUGACUUUUAAGCCAGAUGGCUUAGUUAUCCUGAGUCUAGCUGUCCAUGGCUCACAGGGAGUCAUAGAUAUUUAGACUAUUUCAUCUCUUGUUAAAGUACCCUAGCAUAAAUAUUAGACUUACUUAAGCCUCGAAAAGCUCUACAAGGAAUAAGAGGGAAGAGGGGUGUGUGUGUGUAGGUGUGUAGAAUUUAUUAUGGUAUGUAGGUCUUUAAGAUGUGACCUGAUAUUAUUGCAUCUCUUCCAUUUGUUAGUUUCUGCAUUAAUGUCAUGAUAAAUAGUUGUUUGAGCCCGAUUAGUUGAGGAGCGAGGAGCAUCUCUUUUCUAGUAUCUUAGAAUGACUCUUUUGGCUACUAAAAAGAAGCUGAAAACCCAUUUCUUGAAGUUAGAGGUACCUUAAGAAAGGAAUUGAAUGAAGUGGGUGAUCCCCAGGAAAAGGGAAGUAUUUGAAGUGAAUGAAAAGAGGUCUUUAGACUUUUAAAACAGUUUAAUUGCCUACAGGGGAUUAAAAACAGAUGUAAGGUGAUGCAGAGAGAGCAUUGAAGGAAGUGGAGGCAGCAUGAGUAGAGUGCAUGCUCUAGGAGAUUAGGGGGCUAACGUGAAGAGAUGGAGAUGAGGCCAGUAGUGAGAGAGGUCAGGAAUGCAGUGCUUGAGAGAUGGGGGUGCCUGGAUCUGUGACCCAGAAAUACUUCAAAGCUGAGAGGAGUUUGCCAGUUACCCCUGGUAGAAUCACUCAAGCCUCUCAGAUAUAUGGGGCAUGUACUGGUAAUUUUUUUACAAGACCGUGUAUUUCCUGGCUUUCCCUUCAUGCAUGUCUUCCUUGGCCUCAUAGCAACUGGGAGCGGCCAUUUUUUCCUCUGAAUUAUGAAUUCUCAUGGCGCUGGGCCACGGCAGGGCACUGGUCUCAUUUAAGGUAUAGCUAUGCAGGUGCUAGCCUACUUGACUUAGUUUGAAUCUAGCUAGCAUGAGUACAGUAGCAGUGAAAACAGCAUGGCACGCGUGAGCAAGCAGAGUAUAUACACAAGGUCUGGUGCUGGGCUCGUACUACUUGCACUGAACCCUGCAUUGUGCUGCCUUCAUUACUACUGUUAUCCACGCUACUGGGAUUCAAGCUAGUUCAGGUAGACUAGCCUGUGCAGAGCUUUGGCUGUGUAGAGGUAGCCCUACUCUGGCAGUGAGUAAGCAGGUAGGGCUAGGGAGCCUACUGACAUGUAGUCUGGAAGAAAUCUAAAGUCACUGCUAAGGGAGAUGGAAGGAUGAAGAACAAGGCCAAUGACUAGUAGACAGUGGUUGAAGGAUAGAUAGCUCUGUGGUAUAAAGCAAAUUAAUAAGGUACCAUCCCACUCUCAUGAAGGGUAGUAUUACCUUCAAGAUUUAUUGUUACAUAGCCUAUGUCAAAUUAGCUGUUUGGCCGUGUGGAGUGGAUUUUACCCAGCAGAAUGUUAGUUUCCAAAUGUAAUUGCUCCUUUCAAACAGUGGUUUCAGGUUAGCUUAUGGGAGCUGUAGGAGGUGAUUUUUUUUCCAUAUAUAACAGAUUUUUGGAACCAUAUUUUGUGUAAAAUUUGCAAGUCAAUCAUUGGGGAAAAGUGGUUUUGCCAAGAUUUUUGUAAAUUUUUAAUAAAUGACAAUGAUUGAGUGGAGUGCAGAGACUCUAAGUUAUACUUUUUUAAAAAAUAUAUAAGCUCCAUGUUCUUAAGUUAGCUAAUUUGGCAUGGCUUUUCCUACAUUAAUGUUUGGCUAUGGUUGGUAGAUUGCUAUCAAAGUGCAUGUUGGAAUAAGAUUGAAAUACUGAUUAGAAACUCUUCAUUCAGUUUUCACUUCUAUUUAAAUACUUUACCCUCCCAUCUUUCUGCUACUGGGUGAAUUAUAUUCUCUAUAGCACCUGAAGUCAUGGUCCUACAACAUGUGAAACCAGUAUGUUUGGCCUUUUAAAAGCUCAGUUACUGAGAAAGAAGAGUUUAAAAAUGCCAUUUAACACACAUACAUUGUGGCAACAGCGUUGGUUAGAAUUAAUAAUCUUUUUAUUGCUAAAUUGUAUCCUCAUAGUUGUCACCACUUAACUAAAAAAUAAGUGGUUAGUAUGCUUUGUUGAAUGGUGUAGACUUAAAUUUUAUUCAGGUGAAUAUCCAGUUUUAUUCAUCCAAGAGGUAAAUCCUGAUGCUCACAUGUUUCAGGAUAAUCUAGGUAUUGUUGCAUACAUUCUUCAUGUAUGUAAGGAUGGGCAUUUAUGGCUAUGUAAUGCAUUGUGUUAUACUGUGUGUAUAUCCCCCUCAUAGCCAUGAAAAGUUUUUCCUUUGACACUGCCAUUCUAAUCAAGUUUAAAAGGUCCAUGGUGUUGUCCCCUCAGGAACUGAUUGCAGUCAGUUAAGAUAGACUACAUAUGCAAAUGAGUUUAUUACAUUAUUUCUGGGGUCUGGAAGAGAAAAUCAGAUGAAACAUUGUCAGUAAUCAUGACUCUGGCAUUGACUUCAUGUUUUAACGGUAGGAAUUAGCUGAUUUUUUCCUUUUCUGAAAUCUAGUCAAUUGUGCUCAAUUACAUGAGUGUAAAUUCAGAGUAAUUCUACAGAUAAUUAGAGUCUUCACUGGAUUUACUCUGGAUAUAAGCCCUGUGUGUAUGUUUAUUUUUAUAAAUUAGAAUUUACAGUUGCAUUGGGUUUAAGAAGAAGGUAGAGUUGUUUAAUUAGUGAUUAAUAAUCUCAUCUCAAACAUUAAACGAAACAUCUCUCCUGACCUGCAGGUAGUCUAUUUUUCACUUUUUUUUGCAUAAUUUGAAGAGUUGCAGAUAGGUUUUAAGGAGUUGUUUGUUUUAAUGAUUCUGCAUCUCACAAUACAUGCUGUAUUCCAACACCCCCUCCCCUAACUUCACCCCCGGAAAAAAAAUCUGAAGCAUUUGUUAUAAGUGAGAAUAAUAAAUCUGUAAUGUUUCUUUAAUCACAACUCCUACAAGUUAAUUCCUUCAUAAUUCACACACAAACAAGAAGACAGUCAUUGCCUGCCUGCAUCUUAUUCAGCUUUUUUUAAGAGAGAACUUUUUCAUGUUUUUAAGUGAAUUCAGGAAAGACACAUUGUCCAUUGUAAUAAUUGACCCUUCGUCUUUCCUCCCUUGCUCUCUUUCACAGAAUCUCUCUUGUUUACUAGAACCCCCAAAGUUUCUUUACAGGCAAUAAGGUAAUUUUCUUGUGCUUACAGUGAUGUAUAAUUUGGCAUGAAAAUAUUGUCACUAUGCCAUUGUGCCUGCAUUGGUGUUCCAUAAUGUUUAUAUGCAAACCUAGGAUUUUGUAAAAUAUAGUCAGGUGAUUUUAUAAUGUGGAUUGGUCAAAAUCUUACCAUAAUGUACUGGAUUGGUCCUGUUCCAGUGAUGUAUAAGUAAUUUUUCAAUGUUUUUAAGAGUCAUAUAUAAAACUUUCCCUGAAUAUUUGUAUUAAAGCAAUCAUUAUCUUAAAUGGUUAUGCCUAAUAUCAAUUUGAUAUUUCUGAGUUUAAACCAACUAUAGAUACUAAAUAUGUUAGCCAGGGCUUCCGUUAAUUUGAGUUCACUAAUAAGUUCAAAGUUGGCUUUGUACAAUAAUCUUUAUUUGCAUUAGACUUACGUUAAAAAAUCUGGUCUUUUUUCUAAUGCUUGCUUAAAAAAAAAAAUUAGCACAUUACUAAUAUGGUUUUGUUCUUUUUCCACUAAAUACACAAUUUCAGAAAUAGCUAAAGCCCAAUGUUGUCAAAACGUAUUUUGAUUCUGUCAGUAAUUCAGGAAUGUUACCCAGAUAUAGUCAGUGAAACACUUUAUUAUAUGUAAUAAAAACAAAACGGAGGGGAAUUAUUCUGAUUUAUUCUUGGAACUAUCAAAGACUGAACAGUAAAGGAAAACAUUCUUGUGCAUUAAAACAGUCAACUAAUGUAACAUCUUGUUUGUUUUGUCACAUGCGUACAUAGCACUUUCUAAAGAACUGCGGUUAUGUUAAUGAACAGAAUUGAUGGGUACAGAAGUUUUACCAGCACAACCUGAUAAUGUCAGACCCAUUAAUACAGCUACUAAUGUAUAUUUCCCACCUGCUUAUUAGUUUUGUUCAGUGCUUUAGUAGGCACCCUGUAAAAAGCACUGAGUCAUAAGAAACUAGUCCAAUCUGUAUUUUAUAAAGUUUAUAGAUUUUUCUGAGGGGGAAAUGGACUUUCGAAUUAUGUAACUGAAGUGAUACAGAUGCAUGUAUAAAUAAAAUCUAUACUUACCUAAAUAUAAACUUGAUUAUGAAAAAAUAAAUACUAUUAAUGCUUGUCA